AUGACCGGCGCUCCGCCAUACAACGCCCAGUCGCCGACUCAGCAGCAUCGGUUCCCUGCCUACGAAUCUCCGACCAAGAACCGCUCUUUCUAUUCCAACGGGGAGCAGCAACCUCAGCAGCCAUAUUCACAGCAUCCCCCACAGACCCCUCCGGCAUUCGGCCCAUCCUCCGUCUCACGGAGUCCUCGCUUCGCUCACGCGUCACCCAUGCCGGCUUCCCUGCCACCACCCUUGAAUGGGGCUGCGCCGCCACAUGCGGACCAGUCGCAAUACCAGGCACAUGCUCCAGGCAGCGCCUCUCAGCUCCCUCUCCCGCGACCCUUCCCGAAUUCCGUGCUGCCGGGCAACGGCACCUCGCCUUACAGUGCUGUGACGCCGCAUGGCCACCCCUCAAACCACCCAGAUGCCCACUCGCAGUCCCCAACCCGUGAAUCUGAAUCGCCGUAUCGAGUGAGAGGGAACGGAGCUGGAUAUCCUACAUCCAUGAUGCGAGAAUCUAGACCCGCAUCCCCUCCACGGGAGUCGAAACCUGCCCGAGCUGCGGAUCCUAUGUCAUUUGCCAGCAUCUUGUCUGGCCCAACCGAAGACCAACCCGUACGGAAGCCCUCCCCCCAACCUUCCCACAUCUCUACGCCCGCCGUUCACACCCCCUACCACCAUCGACAACAUGAGCCGGGCCCUGUUGUGGGAACAUUUGACCACAAGACAAAAUACGGCCAGGAAAAUCAUUAUCAGGAACCCUUGCUCCCGUAUGCUUCCAACGGCUUCAGAUCAGAAUCUGACCCCAUGGAAGGUGUCGUUCAGGCGCCCCCGCGGAAGCCGUUCCCUCCAGGCGUGGAUGCGGAGUCGGUACACCGUGCUGCGAUUGAGAUCGAAAACGCCGAAAAGAGCGACGUGGAAGGCCCUGGGUUUGGUCCGGAAAUGAAUAAAUACCUGGAAAAGUCCCGUAGAAGAGCCCUGGAAAGUGCCCAUAUGGAGGGUAUUCGACGCAAGCGCCGUCGCCAUGACUUCUUGCUUGACCUGAGCAAAAACCUCGAGAAGAGCUACAUCCUGGGAACAGAACGGUUCCGCGCUCUUAAUGAAGGUGCUGUGAUGGCAGAGGUUCAUCAGAAAGAAAUCCACGAUGAGAAGGAACGCAAAAAGGAUAUGCAACGGAAGCGCCGAAGGGAGAAUACCGUGCGUUUGGAGAUGCAAAAGAAGCUCGAGGCCGAACGCAAGGCGGACAGUGCCCAAGACUCCGCAGAGAAGGCCAAGUUCCUCCGUGAGGCCGAACGUGCUCAGAAGAAGAUCAAAUCUACCAAGCGGGCUCUCGAAGGUGGAAAUGCCCAGGAUGAUAUGGGCGAAAUCACCCCGCUAGCACCAAACCUUGAAGGCGGCACUACCAGCUCAUUCCAUAUCGGUCGUUCCUCGCCCUCACGGCGUCGCUCUGGACGCGCAGGUCCUUCUACUCGGCCGAAGAAGUCCAAGGAGCAGAAGCAAGCCGAAAAGGAUGCCGCGGAGGCUGCUUACCUUGCUGGUCUGGAUGAUGAUUAUUACAUGUCGCGCGAUCCCAAGAAGGGUGGCGCCUCCAAGGAAGGUACACCCAGCCUUCCGUUGCAGUAUGACAGCAAAGGCUACAAUCAGAUCUAUGAGCAAAUCUGGCGUGACAUUGCUCGCAAGGAUAUUCCCAAAGUCUACCGCAUCAAGACUGUGUCGUUGUCCACUCGCCAAGAGAAUUUGCGCAAGACUGCCCAGCUGGCUAGCAAGCAGUCUCGCAAGUGGCAAGAGCGUACCAACAAGAGCACUAAGGACACGCAGGCCCGUGCCAAGCGUACCAUGAGAGAGAUGAUGUCCUUCUGGAAGCGCAACGAACGAGAAGAGCGUGAUCUACGUCGUGUAGCAGAGAAGCAAGAGCUUGAGUCUGCCAAGAAGGCCGAGGCAGAGCGCGAGGCCAACCGACAGAAGCGCAAGCUCAACUUCCUGAUCUCCCAAACUGAAUUGUACUCUCACUUCAUCGGCCGGAAAAUCAAGACCGACGAGGUUGAGGCUGCUGGUGACGGAACGACUGCUGCCGCUGGAGGAACUGUCAAGACCGGCAACGCACAUACUAUCAAUCUUCCUGGUGAUGGGGCUGAUCUGAGCAGCAAGGUCACCAACUUUGAAGACUUGGACUUUGAUGCUGAAGAUGAAUCGGUCCUGCAACAGGCGGCGAUGGCCAACGCUCAAAAUGCCGUGCAACAAGCCCAGGAUCGUGCCCGUGCCUUCAACCAGGAGAAGGGUGGUGACCAGAUGGCCACGUUUGAUGAAGGAGAGUUGAACUUCCAGAACCCCACCAGUCUCGGUGACAUUGAAAUCUCCCAGCCCACCAUGCUGAACGCACAGCUGAAGGAGUACCAGUUGAAGGGUCUCAACUGGCUGGUCAAUCUGUACGAGCAAGGUAUCAACGGUAUUUUAGCAGAUGAGAUGGGUCUCGGAAAGACCAUUCAAUCUAUCUCCGUCAUGGCCUAUCUUGCUGAGUUCCACAACAUUUGGGGACCAUUCCUGGUCAUUGCUCCUGCAUCCACCUUGCACAACUGGCAGCAAGAAAUCGCCAGGUUCGUUCCAAACCUGAAGGUGCUGCCUUACUGGGGUAAUGCACGGGACCGCAAGGUUCUGCGAAAGUUCUGGGACCGAAAGCACAUUACCUACAAUCGUGAGUCCGAAUUCCACGUUCUGGUAACUUCCUACCAGCUCGUGGUGCUUGACGCACAGUAUUUCCAGAAGGUGAAAUGGCAGUACAUGAUCCUUGAUGAAGCUCAGGCUAUCAAGUCGUCGCAAAGUUCACGAUGGAAGAAUCUGCUGGGUUUCUCUUGCCGAAACCGUCUGUUGCUGACUGGUACUCCGAUUCAAAACAACAUGCAAGAACUGUGGGCUUUGCUGCAUUUCAUCAUGCCCACCUUGUUUGAUUCUCACGAUGAGUUCAGCGAGUGGUUCUCCAAGGACAUUGAGUCUCAUGCUCAAAGUAACACCAAGCUUAACGAGGAUCAACUGCGUCGUUUACAUAUGAUUUUGAAGCCUUUCAUGCUUCGUCGUGUGAAAAAGAAUGUGCAAUCAGAACUUGGUGACAAGGUGGAGAAGGAUGUUUUCUGUGACCUGACCUACCGCCAGCGCGCGUUGUACGCCAAGCUUCGCAAUCGCGUUAGCAUUAUUGAUCUCAUCGAGAAGGCGGCGAGCGGUGAUGACACCGACAGCAGUACGCUGAUGAACCUCGUUAUGCAGUUCCGCAAGGUUUGCAACCACCCUGAUUUGUUUGAACGCGCUGAAACCAAGUCACCGUUCUCGGCGGCUGCUUUUGCGGAGUGCGCCUCUUUCGUGCGUGAAGGAUCCUUUGUCGAUGUUCGCUACUCGACCAGAAAUCAUAUCGAGUAUGUAGUUCCGCGCAUGCUGCUGAGCUCGGCAGCGCGAGUUGACAUGCCUGGACCUGACAACCCUCGUGCUGGUUUCCGGAACAAGUACUUAUCGCACAUGAUGAACGUUUGGACCCCAGAGAACAUUCAAGAAAGCGCGCGCGAGGAUGGAGCAUUCUCCUUCCUGCGAUUUGUGGACAGCUCUACUGGGGAAGCUAGCGAACUGUCCCACCUUGGGGUUUACGAGCGUGCAGCUCGCCGACGUGGCCAGUCCAACCGGCUCUCUCGUCUGAACGUUGUAUAUGACGAGGACAAGUCAGUCUCCAAUUCUGUUUUGGCGCAUUCUAUGCUCAACAUUGUUGAACGCAAUGAUGCGCGGGCAGUUCACGAUAUCACGCCUGAGGGUCGCAUGCGUGAUCUGAUGAAUGUUUCUCGCUCAGCGUUUGACAAUCAAGGACUCAACCGUAUCGAGCCAUGUGCUGCUCCAGCAGCUUCGGCGCCGCCAAUCAUUCUCUCUGCCUCCGGCCAAGAGGCCCCGCGGGCAACCCAGAUGGCCAUGUUCAACGAGCCGAUCCGACAGGCACUUUACAACAUUCCCAACAGACAAGUUGAUGAGCUGAUCCUCACGAAAAACCUUGAUCCCACCCCCUACUCACUGCAACCGAUACUGCCACAACCACUAUCACUCAAGUCACGCUACACUAACAUCGAAGUCCCCUCGAUGCGUCGCUUCGUGACCGACUCCGGAAAGCUGGCGAAAUUGGACCAGUUGCUACGAGAACUGAAGCCGGGCGGUCACCGAGUACUGCUGUACUUCCAGAUGACGCGUAUGAUUGACUUGAUGGAAGAGUACCUGACCUACAGAAACUACAAGUAUUGCCGUCUCGAUGGUAGCACAAAGCUGGAGGAUCGUCGCGAUACUGUCGCUGAUUUCCAAUCUAACCCCGAAAUCUUUGUAUUCUUGCUCUCUACCCGUGCUGGUGGUCUGGGUAUCAACCUGACAGCCGCCGAUACCGUCAUCUUCUAUGACUCUGAUUGGAAUCCUACCAUCGAUUCGCAAGCCAUGGACCGAGCGCAUCGUCUGGGUCAGACUCGCCAGGUCACUGUGUAUCGACUUAUUACUCGUGGAACCAUCGAAGAGCGGAUCCGCAAGCGUGCUCUCCAGAAGGAGGAGGUGCAGCGCGUUGUUAUCACUGGCGGUGCUUCCGGUGGUGUCGACUUCAACACUCGUGCUCGUGACAACCGCACGAAGGAUAUUGCGUUGUGGCUUGCUGAUGAUGAUGAAGCCGAGCUCAUCGAACAAAGAGAGAAGGAGGCGAUUGAGCGUGGCGAGGCCAUGGGAGGUGCCAAGGGCGGAAAGAAGGCGGCGGCCAAGCGAAAGCGUGAUCUUACGCUGGAUGACAUGUAUCAUGAAGCCAAAAGCCAUCCGGGGCUGCCACCCCCCCUUUCAGACCCACUUGACUCCUCGUCGGCCCCGGUGGCUAAGCGUGGUCGUGGACGUGGACCUGGCAAAGGCACGUCCAAGCGUGCCAAAACCACCAACGAACGUCUCCGCCUCAUUGACGGCGACGGUGGUCUCGAUUAA